AUGACAUCAUUCGGAGGAGAUAGUGAGUCGCUUCAAUUAACGUUGUGGGAGCCAUUACGCUUUCGUAGUGAGGUUGAGGAGCAAACGCGUAAUGAGCAAACGCGUAAUAAUGAGGAAAACCAGCCGCCAAUGCAACCGCUGAGUAUGUAUUUUAGUCCAAAUCAGUACAACAAGGCAAUAAAGUUAGGUACUCGGUGUUGGAUCCACAAAGCAGUGGAGAAUCUCGAGUCGCCGUCACUGGGACUGAGACCCGAGGAGCUAAGAUGGUUUAGCGAGCAUCCUCAAUUCAAGCACUUCUGGCAUAUGCACAAGGACAUGUAUUUGGAUACAACUCAUAAGACUCAGGGGUUGUGGAUGCUCCUUCUACGCACAGCAAAGACAGACAAGAGGAGAGAGUGUUGGUUUGUUGUUAAUAGAGUUCCAAUUCGAUGGGCAGUAGUGAUUUUAAGGAAAGGAACUGUCCCUGCACUUGCUGUUGUUAAAGAGAAGCUUGAAAAGAUGCGUGGUGGUCCUCAUCGCUUAAGAAUGUGUGUUUUGUACUUUCUAGCAAGCGUGUUAGGUGGUAAGGCUAAGACUGGGAAGGGAGCUCCCUCGGUAGACCCUUUAUUAUUGAGGAUGGUAGAAGAUCUCGAUGCGUGUAGAACAUUUCCUUGGGGGAGGUAUUCAUUUGAUGCGAAUCUAAAGGAAAUUGAACAUACAUUAAGGCACUUCAAUGGGGUCGUCGAAACCGAUUCUUGGACAUUUCCUGGCUUUGUUACUCCCUUGGAGUUGCUACCUUUUGAAGCAAUACCUUGUCUGAAGGACACAUACAGAGAAGAAGCUAAAGGAGCAGACAUAGAGUGUCCUCGGAUGUGCAAGACAAAGUUCAGACCAUUCACUCUCAAAGGAUUUCCUCUGUCGGACCUCUACGAAACACUAGGUAAUACCAAAGAUAUCAAGAGUAUCUUGGAACCAUCUGCUGAUGAGGAAGAUAUGUUAGCUGGUAUCAUGGAAAAGUAUGAAGACCUAGAUAACAAUGAUACAAUUCCUGAUACUUGGACGAGUCGUAUAAUUGAUGAUAGGAAGCCGAUAUUCUGGAAGGAUAUGAGCUUGGACGAUUAA